GGUGUUUAGUCAGCUCCAGACACCGAGGACCGUUAUAGCAGCAGGCUGUACCCGGACACCACACCGGUCACUGACACAACCGCCGCCUCUAACGGCUCAUAGCGUCCCAGAGAGAGCUGAACAUUUCCUGUCAGCCAUCCCAGGGGCGGAGCCCAGACCGGAGUGGGACGGGCCUUGUGUCGGUAGGCGGGCCUCUUGUGACGUAGCAGAAGAAGCGGCUGACUCAGGUAGAGAAGGAAGCGGUUAGAACCGUGUGUGUUCCGGCUUCCUGCGCUCACUGUCGUUACGUUACACCGUCCUUCUCCAAGAUGUCGGGAUUUCAGCUGAACUUCUUAGCGCUGAAGGAGCCCCUGGGCUUCAUCAAAGUUCUAGAGUGGUUGUUCUCAAUCUUCUCUUUUGCAACAUGUGGGGGUUACCAGGGACAAACAAGCCUAUUUGUUACAUGUGCAAAAACGAAUCUUACAGAUAACCAAACUAUGACGGCUGAUUUUGGGUACCCAUUUCACCUGAAUACUGUUCUAUUUAAAGGCAUUGAGAAAAUCUGUGGGGGAAUAUGGCAACCGUUCCGCCUCACCGGGGACUAUUCUUCUCCAGCACAGUUUUAUGUUGCCAUUGCUGUAUUGUCUUUCCUUUACGCUAUGGGUGCCCUUGUAUUGUAUCUUGGGUACAGGCAUCUUUAUCAAGACUCUAAAGCGCCACUAAUUGAUUUUAUAGUCACAAUCGUUUUUGCCUUUAUGUGGCUUGUGAGUUCCUCUGCAUGGGCUAAAGGAUUGACCGAUGUUAAAUCUGUGACCUAUACGCCAAAUAUUGCGACUCAAUGCAAUCACACCCUUUAUGUUUGCCAUCCUGGUACAGAGCCACAUAUGGCAACACUAAACAUUUCUGUGGCUUUUGGAUUUCUGAAUUUGAUUUUGUGGGCAGGCAAUGCGUGGUUUGUCUACAAGGAAACCAAUCUGCACACUCCACCAACAACUUUAAGCCCUGAACAAGGACCGCCACCUUCAUCAAAGUAAUAAAGGAUCCAGCACAGAUGCCUUCUAUUUUUUAUUUUUUUUGCCUGUAAUUUGGUGUCUUUAAAUACAUGAAAAUGGAAUUUUGCGUGUUACAUUCGUAAAUAUGAGGUUGCUGCAUGCUAUUACUCAUAUUUUUAUUUUUUGCUUAAAAGAUGACCAUCUCCAAAAAAAAAUUGUAACUGUUAACAAUGCGGUUAAUGUUCACAAUGCUGGUAUUCAGUAUAUAAAUAUAAAUCCUUUUCUUCAAAUGCCUGUCUUAUUUAAUUUUUCCGGCAUGCUGCCCGGCAGAAUUGGCAGAGACAAGUUGAGAUUGAUGGACUUGUGUUUGAUCCAAAUUUGGAAGAAAACAUCGGUGCUGACACAAUCUGCAACUGUUUAAGCACCUCCUAGCAGUGUUUUUCUCAAACCCCUUCCACUUGCAGGAUAGCUAUGCCUGCAUAAAAAUGUGGAAAGAAUUCCAAAUUGAGGCCUGUAAGGAGAGAAAAA